GAGAGAUUCAUGAGUAGGUUUCACAAGAAUUUGUGGAGUCUCACCAUUUUUUACUCAUAUCAUUCUCUUUUAACCUUCGCAUAUCUUCGGUCAUCAUACUUUUCCCUUUCCAUUUUUAAUAUCAUGAAGCAUUCAUGCUCAACCCCAAUUCAAGAAAAAAUUCAUGUGACAUAAAUAUUCAAUUCAUAACCACAAUUACAUAUCUUCCCAUUUCAUACAUGUCUCUCUACCUCUCCAAAUAAUAGACAAGGGGGAAAUAGAAAAAGGUAAAAAUUAAAGAAAAGGGAAUAAGGAAACUGUUCUUCAUCUUUACCAUCUUUCAACAUUAGUACGUAUAUACUUUGGUGUAGAAAUGACAAGAUUAUUUGUAUGUGUUAAUAAUAUACGAUGAUAAAGAUGGAUUUGGAAGAGAAGGAGAUUCACAAAGGUAAUAAUGCAGAAAUGACCGAUGGUGUUUCACGCCCUGAAGGAAAGGGAAAUAGGCGUAACAACAAAUAUGUGUCAGCUUGCGCCAUCUUUGCCUCUCUUAAUUGCGUUCUUCUUGGAUAUGGUUAGCCUUUUAUUAUCAUAAAGACAAAUCUUAUCCUUAUUUUAAAGUUGAUGUGGAGAAACUCUCCAACACAAGCUAAGGACAAACUUUUCAAAAUAGUUUAAAUUGCAUAUAUAACCGGUGCAUGGAGGAAAUUGCUAGAAAUGCCAUUUACAUACUUUUCUUGUUCAGAUGUGGGUGUUAUGAGCGGAGCCAUUAUAUUCAUGCAAGAGGACCUACAACUCACAGAGGUACAAGAAGAAGUCUUUGUGGGAAUCCUGAGUAUAGUUUCUCUCUUGGGAAGUUUAGCAGGAGGAAAGACAUCAGAUGCCAUAGGUAGAAGGUGGACAAUGGCUUUUGCAGCAAUGGUUUUCCAAUCAGGUGCCGCCAUAAUGGCUAUAGCCAACAGUUUCAGAAUCUUGAUGUUUGGCAGAUUCUUGGCUGGAAUCGGGAUUGGGUUCGGGGUCAUGAUUGCACCUGUAUACAUAGCGGAGAUAUCCCCUGCCAUUGCCCGGGGCACUCUCACUUCAUUCCCUGAGAUAUUCACGAACCUCGGGAUUCUCCUCGGGUAUGUUUCGAAUUAUGUGUUUUCGGGUUUGCCCCCCCAUAUCAGCUGGAGAGUCAUGCUUGCUGUGGGGAUAACACCGUCGGUUUUUAUUGGGUUUGCACUAUGUAUCAUCCCAGAGAGUCCUAGAUGGUUGGUAAUGAAGAAUAGGAUUGAUGAAGCAAGGUUGGUGUUGUUGAAAACCAAUGAAAAUGCUGGAAAUGAGGUUGAAGAGAGGUUAGCAGAUAUUCAAAGAGCAGCGGCCGAUUGUGCUGGCGGAGACAAGUAUCAAGGGAAUGAUGUAUGGGGUGAGCUUUUGAGCCCAUCGGCCGGAGUUCGGCGAAUGCUCAUCGCUGGUUGUGGCAUUCAAGUGUUUCAGCAGAUCACAGGUAUUGAUGCAACUGUGUAUUACUGCCCAACGAUCUUCAAAGAUGCUGGGAUGAGGAGCAAUUCCCAUCUCCUGGCUGCAACUGUGGCUGUUGGAUUCACAAAAACAUUCUUCAUCCUGAUAGCUAUUAUGUUGAUUGACAAGGUAGGUAGGAAGCCAUUGUUGUACAUGAGCACCAUUGGCAUGACAGUUUCUCUAUUAGCUCUUGGAAUCACACUCUCCUUCCCCUCCUCCUCUGCGUCAUCAUCUCAUAUCAAUCUGGUGAUCCUCUUUGUUUGUUCAAAUGUGGCAUUCUUUUCUAUCGGAAUCGGUCCGAUAUGUUGGGUUCUUUCGUCCGAGAUCUUCCCUUUGAGGCUUCGAGCUCAAGCGUCGGCCCUAGGGGCAGUCGGCAGCAGAGUCAGCAGUGGGGUGGUUGCCAUGUCUUUCCUAUCUAUGUCUCGCGCCUUUACUGUGGGAGGGACGUUUCUUGUUUUUGCUGCUGUUUCUGCUGUCUCUGUAGUGUUUGUUCACAAGUGUUGCCCUGAAACAAAGGGGAAAUCAUUGGAAGAGAUUGAGAUGAUGUUCCAGAAUGAUAAUGGUGGAGGAAGAGUGCAUGUGGAAGAUGCUGAACUACUUCUAAUGCAGAGAAGACAAGAAACUGUUUAUUAAUCAUUGAAAAACAAAUUCAUUGCAUGCUUUAAACACAAGCGGGAGUAGUACUGUAAUAGUUUGAAGUAAAGUAGUACUUCAACUUUCAUGAAAUCUUACCUAGUGAACUUAAUUUUGUGUUGAAUAUUCAAAAAGUACCAAUUAGUGCCUUCCUUUUAUUUGAAGGCCCCCUUUUAAUAA